CGACGUUGAAGACAACAACGCCGACUACGACGGCGGCCAGGGAGGCGGCGGCGACGACGAGGACAUGCGUGACCGCAUGGCCUACCUGAUCCUCAGCCUGUGGGGCGAAGACCUGCAGGGCCUGGAGGCCGGCGAGGACGAGAACCACGAGAACUCGUACCGCGACCCCGCCGAGGCGCCCCUGCUCUUCCCGCGCGCCGAGCGCCGCAAGCGCGACUUCGUGUUCAGGCCCUUGUUCGUGACCAGGGACCGCCGCGCCAGGAUCCAGCGCAUGCGACAACGCUACUGGGACGAAUACAGGAGAUCCCAGAGGAUCGGUCGCGACGUGGAGGCGGCGCAGGUCGAGUCAACCCAGAGCCGGAAGCGCAGGGACGUCGCCCCCAUGCCGGAGGACGCGCUGGUGCCCAGGGCCCGCCGCCACGCCCAGGAUGACGACGCCGUCGGCGACGCCGUCCUGUCCAGGGUGCGCCGCCAGUGGGUGAACCGGCCCUUGUUCGCCACCAGGCAGCGUGCCGCCGCCAGGAAUUACCGGUACCGGCUGCGGCUGCCCCGCGCCGUGGAGGACGUCCAGGACGUCGAGGACGUCCAGGACCGCGACGCCGUGCUGUCCAGGAAGCGGCGCGAGUGGACGGACGUGCCGCUGUUCGCCGUGAAGCAGAUCGAGGCCGCCAGGGUGAGGGAGGAGAACGAGAUCACGCACCCGCACCACCACGGCCAGGACCCACGCCAGAGGCUGCAGCAGGAGUACGAGCGGGAGGAGCUCCAAGCGCAGGACCUGCGGCAGAGGCAACAGCGCGAGCGGGUGGAGCUCAACAGGGAGCUCAACGAGUACAACCGGAACCUCAACGCGUACAACCGCAACUACAACACGUACAACAACGGCUACUACAACUACCGGGAGUACGCCCGAGACUACAGGCCGUAUAACGGCUAGGUGGGGUGAGAGAGGAGCAGGGCUCAGUCCUUUACCGCAUCCCAAGUUUUUCCUUUUCAAUAGUCGGUGCGGGAAGAAUUUGGCUGACUGCUUCUCUGAUGAGGGCGGUGUUUUCUAGAACCUGUACUUGCCAUUUCCCGGAUCCCGGAGCGGUUGACGUUUUAAUACCACUUGUGAUUUUUUUCUGUUCGAUGAUUUGGGACUUAUAUAUUUGACAACUCUUAUGUCUUGUGUACUUUAAGUUCCUUUGUAAGUGUUUGGUGUUAUUAAUUGAGUCCUAUUUAUUGAUAAGUAUGUGAGUUAAUUUAUUAUUUUAUGUUAAUUUUAGAGAAAAAGUGGAUUUUGAUUAUGAGGAAAUUCAGUCAUUUUGUGUUUUGUCUGUUGAGUGGAACAAUUGCAGAUCGCAGAUUUUGUUUUUUUAAUGUGAUAGAAACUUUAAUAUUUAUUUAUUUUAAGUCAGCAGUCCUACAGUUCACAAAACUGGAGUCUGCCUGUGGUGUUUUGUUCGAGGCUGACUGAGUUGUCUUGCCCUCUCUCUUGUUAUGCAGAGAGGCAAAGACAACUCGUCUGGUUGUGUUUUAGCUAAGGGAAGAACUGAAAGUAAAAGUAGUUUUUAAGUUUUCAAGCGUCUGAUAUUGUAUAGUAAACCAAAUUAUAACCAAUUGGCUGUAUUUAUUGUGAAUAUGUAGAAAGGAUAAAUACAAAGAAAAUUUGACCCCAAG